AUGGGAACUACUACUAAAUAUUUGUCGAGUUCAUUUAUGUUGAUGAUCUUGAUUUUUUUGGUGAUGGGGUGUGAGGUGAUCAAGUGCAGUGUGAGCUAUGAUAAGAGGGCAGUCAUCAUCAAUGGAAACAGAAGAAUUCUUUUUUCUGGUUCUAUACAUUACCCAAGAAGCACCCCUCAAAUGUGGGAAGAUCUGAUAUUGAAGGCCAAAAAUGGUGGAUUGGAUGUUAUUGACACUUAUGUGUUUUGGGAUGUGCAUGAGCCUUCCCCUGGCAAUUAUAAUUUUGAGGGUAGAUUCGAUUUAGUAAGAUUUAUUAAGACGGUGCAAAAACAAGGCAUCUAUGUUCAUCUUCGAAUUGGACCAUAUGUUUGUGCAGAAUGGAAUUUUGGUGGAUUUCCUGUGUGGUUGAAAUAUGUACCUGGUAUCAGCUUCAGAACAGACAACGAGCCCUAUAAGGCGGCUAUGGAAAAGUUCACUCAAAAAAUAGUUGGUAUGAUGAAGAGUGAGCAACUAUUUGAAUCACAAGGAGGUCCUAUUAUACUCUCACAGAUUGAGAAUGAAUAUGGGAGAGAAAGGAUUGCACUUGGGGCAGCUGGAGAUGCAUACAUGAAUUGGGCAGCAAAAAUGGCAGUUGGACUCGACACCGGAGUUCCAUGGAUCAUGUGCAAAGACGAUAAUGCCCCCGAUCCCAUCAUAAAUACAUGCAACGGCUUCUACUGUGAUAAAUUUUCUCCCAAUAAACCUUAUAAGCCUACUAUGUGGACUGAAGCUUGGAGUGGCUGGUUUAAUGAGUUUGGAGGAAUGGUUCAUGAACGACCGGUUCAAGAUCUCGCCUUUGCAGUAGCUCGUUUCGUGCGGACAGGCGGUUCCUUUAUAAACUAUUACAUGUACCAUGGAGGCACCAACUUCGGGCGCACUGCUGGAGGCCCAUUCAUCACAACCAGCUAUGACUAUGAUGCUCCGAUCGAUGAAUAUGGUUUGAUUCGAGAGCCCAAGUAUGGCCAUCUCAAGGAGCUCCACAGGGCUAUUAAGCUCUGUGAGCACGCACUUGUCUCGGCUUCGGAGCCUAAUGUGGUUUCGUUAGGAAUAUAUCAGCAGGCUCAUGUAUUCUCAGCAGGGGAAGGUAGCUGUGCAGCUUUCAUUUCCAACUUCGACACCAAAUCUGCUGUAAGAGUGGUGUUCAACAACAGGCACUACAAAUUGCCUCCUUGGUCCAUCAGCAUUCUGCCUGACUGCACAAAUGUAGUUUUCAACACUGCAAAGGUUGGAGCUCAAACAUCGCGCUAUCAAAUGGUGGAGACGAAUUCCCAACUGCAAUCAUGGGAGACGUAUCGUGAGGACACAGCUGCACUAGAGGACGGCUCAGCAUUCACCGCACCUGCCCUAGUAGAGCAGUUGAAUGUCACGAGGGAUAGCAGCGACUAUUUGUGGUACACGACCAGCGUCGACAUAGCUUCAUCCGAGCAAUUUCUGAGCAAUGGGCAGAACCCUACUCUAACUGUAGACUCUCGGGGUCACGCCCUCCAUGUCUUCAUCAAUGGAAAUUUUGCAGGAUCUGGUUAUGGGACUCGAACCAAUGCAAGAUUCACAUUCAGCAGAGCAGUAAACUUGAAAGCUGGCAAAAAUAGUAUUUCUCUGCUCAGCAUAGCCAUGGGAUUACCUAACACUGGAUUGCAUUUCGAGGACUGGACUGUGGGAGUUGAGCGAGUCGAGCUUAACGGCCUAGAUCAAGGACGCAAAGAUCUGACAAGGCAAGCAUGGUCUUACAAGGUUGGACUAACUGGUGAAAAGAUGAAUCUGGUCUCCCCAUCCCAGACUUCGUCUGUUGAGUGGACGGCGAUGGCAGCUAUCGCCCAAAAUCAUCAGCCCCUUCGAUGGUACAAGGCAUAUUUUGACGCACCAAAUGGAGAUGAGCCGUUGGCGUUGGACAUGGGAAGCAUGGGAAAAGGUCAAGUGUGGAUCAAUGGACAAAGCAUAGGAAGAUAUUGGACGGCUGUAGCAAAUGGAACCUGUGGAGAGUGCCACUACACUGGUACAUACCGGUCCCCUAAAUGUCAAGGUGGUUGUGGCCUGCCAACUCAACGAUGGUACCAUGUUCCCAGAUCAUGGUUGCAGCCAACAAAAAAUCUCAUUGUACUUGUCGAGGAACUCGGUGGAGAUCCAUCAAGAAUCGCUCUAGUUAAAAGAACCACAAGGAACGUUUGUGUUAAUGCAUUUGAGGGCCAUCCGAUGGUAGCAAAUUAUCAGCUCGAGAGCGAGAGCACGAACACAAAGAGAAUGCUCCACCAGGCCAAGGUGCAUCUGUGGUGUGCCCGUGGGCAGACUAUGUCAGCCAUUACGUUCGCAAGCUACGGGACACCUACAGGAACAUGUUCAAGUUUUAGGAUGGGAAGUUGUCACGCACAGAACUCCCAAGCUGUCAUAGAAAAGAUGUGCCUUGGGAAGGAAAGGUGCAAGCUAUCAGUUUCAAAUAGCUACUUUGGAAGUGAUCCUUGCCCUAAUGUAUUAAAGAAGUUAUCUGUUGAAGCUAUUUGCUCUAACACAGUAUAA